GCAUGCUAAGUUAACACUUGUACUUUUCCCAAAUAGAUCUUCUGCACUUCAUAUGCUUGGCUUGUGUUCACGAGGAAUACUCAUUUUAAAAAAAUUCUUGUGUUGUAGCGUCAACUUUACAGUUGUAAAAUUUGAUUCGAUACUUUUCGGCGUGUUUAUCAAGACAGCAUUUACUUAUUUUCAGUGACUAAUUCCGCAUUUAGUAUAUGUGAGAAGAAUUAUAAAUGGGAUAUCUGCAACAUGCUAUCAUCUUUACAAUCGCGUGGAUAGUGAAUCUUCAGACUGUAAAUGGAGUUGAAACAGCAAACGCUAGUUUGGUCUUCGCUACAUAUGAUGAAGUUUACUUGGUUGGAGACUUUAGGACACCACGUAAUCCUCGAAGAUCCUUCACCAUGGUGCGUGGAGAAGGAGAGACUGCAAGAACUAAAUUUGAGUUGAGUGUUGAUUUCAAACAACCGCAAGUAAUUAUCUCAUUGACCGACGUUGACGGUCGAGACUACCAGCUUGGCUUCCCAACACCAGCUCUGCACACUGGCCAAAGAAUCAAGAUUCUAAUGAUGUUUUCAAAGUUGUCUCAACCUAAUAAUGGAAUUACCUUAUUUGUUGAUUGCAUGGACAUGGGUUUGGACCAGACAGAAGUUCAGCUAAGGAGAAUCUUCGCUUCAGAUAUAAGUGUUAAAACAAUAUCAUCAUUUCAAUGGUAUGCUGGAGUAUCUCUCCAUGAUAUGUUGAAACUCACUGGCUGCCCUUAUCAAACUACACAAGAACAGACGACAACACCUAGUCCAACGCUGAAAAUUCCGGAAUGGUCUAAACAAAGUUUGGCCACUCACAGUAGACAAGCAUUUGAAGAAAAUAUCGAAUUGAAUGAAAACAACGAAAGGCGAGAAAAAGAGGAAUCAGAACGCGUAAAGCAGGACAUAAAAAAACAGCAAGAGGAAUUCGAAUUAGAGCGUUUUAGAAAGCAGGUUGAGUUUGAGCGUGCCAGACAACAGGUUGAAAAGGAGCGCGAGUUAGUCAGGCAAACUGAAGCCGAGCUUCAACGAGGAGGACCGUUAGUAACCGAGAAAGACAAUAACAGAGAUGUCGAGGGUUAUACAGGGGAUCGGUUAUCUAUGCAAAACAAGGACAACUCAAGACAAGAUGCAGAACAGACUAUCAACCAGCCAAAUACUGAAUCUGUUAUUGUGGCACUAACUCGAGCAAUAUCUGAGAUGCGUCAAGAAAUGAGAAUGCAGACACAGGAGACUCGCAGUCUUAGGGAAGCUUUAACGGCUUGUGAUAUUUGCAGAAAUAGCCGCAAUGAAAUUAAUCCACCUACCACGACUUCGAGAACUAGGUCUCGGUGUUCAAAUACUUCCUGUUAUUCAGGAGUAAGAUGUAUUGAAACUGAAGGAAACGUCCGUUGCGGACCUUGUCCAGUUGGUUAUUAUGGCGACGGUGUUUCCUGCACCCGAAUUACAACAUGCGCAGACAAUCCAUGUUUUCCAGAUGUAAGAUGUAUUGACAGUGAACGAGGUUAUCGUUGUGGACCUUGUCCGCCUGGGUACAUUGGAGAUGGAACAAGGAGGGGUUGCCGUCAACAAAUGACCUCAGCAUGCGCAGCUAAACCCUGUUUCCCAGGGGUCCAGUGUCAAGACGUUCCACACGGAUUUAGAUGCGGCCCUUGUCCAACUGGCCUAACAGGAAAUGGUUCUUUAUGCGAGGAUUUAAAUGAGUGUGAAAUAAGUCAACCAUGUGACAAAAUGGCAUCUUGCGAGAACCUAGUGCCUGGUUUUAGGUGCGGUCCUUGCCCCCCAGGAUACACAAGCUCACUAGUGCAAGGUAUUGGGUUAGAUACCGCCAGAAGUUUAAAACAGGUAUGUGAAGAUGUGAACGAGUGUGAGAAUGGUAACAACGGUGGAUGUGUAGAAAACUCACAGUGCAUUAAUACACCGGGCUCCAAGUUGUGUGGAGCUUGUCUUAAGGGAUAUAUCGGAAGUCAAGAAAUGGGUUGCUCCAGUGACGUGAACGUUUGUCCUGAUGGUACUAAGUGUAGUAUCAAUGCUAAGUGCGUUAGGAAAAGGGGAAUAAGAGGUUAUUCGUGCCAGUGCACUAUAGGGUUUGCUGGCAAUGGACAUUUGUGCUCACGGGACACUGAUCUGGAUGGACUGCCUGAUGUUGAACUUACAUGCGAUGACCGAAAAUGUAGAAAGGAUAAUUGUGUUGAGGUUCCUAACAGUGGACAAGAGGAUGCUGACCGUGAUGGGAUAGGUGACGCCUGCGAUUUUGAUAUGGACAAUGAUGGUAUUCUUAACAACCCUGAUAACUGCCCGCUUGUUCCAAACCCUGAACAAAAAGACACAGAACGAGAACCUGACAAAAAAGGAGAUGCCUGUGAUAACUGUCCGACAGUGCCCAACCCUGAUCAAACUGAUACAGACGGCGAUGGAAUGGGAGAUAACUGUGAUCCUGAUAAAGAUAACGAUGGCAUUUUAAAUGAAGACGACAAUUGCCCGUUGGUUGCUAACAAUGAGCAAAGUGAUACAGAUGCUGACGGUGUUGGUGACGCAUGUGAUAACUGUCCAGUAUUAACCAAUGUAGAUCAGUUGGAUGUUGACCAUGACCUAAUCGGAGACAAGUGCGAUACAAAUGAAGACACUGACAGCGAUGGUGUUCAAGACAAUUAUGACAAUUGUCCGGAGGUAGCUAACGCUGACCAAAAGGACACAGACAACGACAAGAAUGGUGAUGCUUGUGAUGAUGAUGAUGACAAUGAUGGGAUUCCUGAUAUCGAUGAUAACUGUGUGUAUCUACAUAACCCUGAUCAGGCUGAUACCGAUGCUGAUGGUAAAGGUGAUGUGUGCGAAAGAGAUAAUGAUGGAGAUGGCUUUGACGAUCCUGUUGAUGUUUGCCCAGAUAAUGGAAAAAUAUACGCUACAGACUUCCGCGCCUUCCAAACCGUAAUUUUAGAUCCCGAGGGGGAUUCUCAAAUUGACCCGAACUGGAUUGUACUCAAUGAUGGAGCUGAGAUUGUCCAGACAAUGAACAGUGACCCGGGUUUGGCUGUCAGUUACAAUGCCUUUUCUGGUGUUGACUUCAGCGGCACUUUCUUUGUAAACACAGAAGUUGAUGAUGACUACGCGGGAUUUGUUUUUUCUUACCAGGAUAGCUCCAAAUUUUACGCAGUCAUGUGGAAAAAACAAUCGCAAACAUAUUGGCAAGCUUCACCGUUUAGAGCUGUGGCUGAACCAGGUAUUCAACUGAAACUGGUCAACUCCACGACAGGUCCAGGUCAAAUAAUGAGAAAUGCAUUAUGGCACACUGGAGACACAAGCAAUCAGGUAAAAUUAUUAUGGAAAGAUCCUAGAAACGUCGGUUGGAAAGAAAAAACUGCUUACAGAUGGGAAUUGAUUCAUCGACCUACUAGGGGACUAAUCAGAAUAUUAUUGUUUGAAAACAUGAAUCUCGUGGCAGACUCUAAAAAUAUCUAUGACAACACAUUAAAAGGUGGCCGCCUUGGAGUAUUCUGUUUUAGUCAGGAAAUGAUAAUAUGGUCAAAUUUGGUGUACAGGUGUAAUGAAUUCAUUCCUCCCGGUCUUUUGGAAUCUAAUGAGACAGAAUACACAAAUGAUUAUGAAUAUUAAAUAAAAGUAAUGACCCACUCAGAAAAACAAACCGUAUGUAUCAGAGGAACCAGGUUAUGUCGACGAUGUACAAGUUUGCCAAAACACAUCAAGAUAACCGAUGAUGAACACAACUGGAAACCAAUACAGCAGCAAUUCAUGAACAUGAGCAUGAAUAUUCUUUAAAAAUAUGAUUAGUAUUAUUAAACGAGUAUGUACA